AUGGCGUCAUAUAGGGUAGUGGUAAAAAACCAAAAGCUCGUACAGAUUGGCGAUGACAGGUUGGAUGCCAAACUCUUGACAAGAUUCAGCGACAUCGGAAAGCGUUCUUGUUGCAGAAAAUGUGUAGAGUAUACAAACUGUCAGUCUGUGAAUUACAAUGUAUUUAAUUUUUCCUGUGAGCUCAACUAUGUGCAUAGCCCUGGGUUACAAGCGAAGAAUGCGCAUGGCGAGUACGUGUAUAUGGACAAAACCAAAUGCAGUUCUUUAGUCUCCCCCUGUGAGAACUUUUGCAAUCGUUCGUGUAUACCCAACCAAAAAUGUGUCCUUACCAACUCCACCGAACCCAGAUGUGUCAUCACAGAAUGUGGAUCGUCUAGUGUUAUACCUGACAUAACUCCACGGAAUGUAAGGAGGGAAGUGGGCAAACAACACUGGUUUGACUGUACAAUCCCGCCAACCCCAAGCAAGCAACAUUUCACCUGUGAUACAAAUGGAAAGUGGAAAAAGUCCUUUAGUGCAUGUCAGUGCUGGUACGGUCGUUAUUUAGAAGGUUCUUCUUGUAAAAAAUGUCCAGCAGGGAAAUAUUUGCCACACAUUGGUAAAAUGGGAUCAGAUUCUUGUAUUAACUGUCCAGCGGGAAACUACACACAGAAUGAAGGACAGAGUUGGUGCAAACCAUGCUUGGCGGGGCAUUAUCAAAGCAAUACCGGACAAACGAGUUGUUCACAAUGUCAAGUAGGCAGGUAUAACCCGAAAGAUGGCGCUAGUACCUGCAUACCAUGUCCACAUGGUAAGUACGCCGAUAGUGCUGGGGCAUUAUCGUGUGAGUUCUGUCCUACUGGAAAAUUUAGUGACAACGUUGGUUCCUCCGUUUGCAAAGAAUGCCCAGCAGGAACAUUCAGUAAUACUGAAGGUGCCACUAUGUGCCAACAAUGUCCACCAGGAAAAUUCAGUAGCACAAGUGGGUCUAGUUCAUGCAUACCAUGCCCAAUUGGUCACUACCAAGAUCAAGAAGGAUCAACAGAAUGUAAACCCUGUGAUUCCGCUUUAGUAGAAGGAUUGUCAUUCUGUGUCAUAUAA